GCGCAUGCGCACUCGAGCGUCAGGACCUGCGGUGUAACAUGGCGGCGUACGUGGACAUUCUGAACAGCGAGUUUCCCGAGAUUGACACCGAAGUGUUUGAUUACAUUACUGGAGUGCUGGGCAGUGGGGGCUCUGAUUUUGAGGAUGGAGAGGAAGUGUUCGACGCCAUCGGCGGGGUUCUACAGGAAGUAGCUGCUGACAAGAACGAAGACGACGUCCGAGACAUCUGCCUGCAGCUGUUUAACACGCUGAAGAUCACUAACUGUCACUCUAACCAGAGGCAGGUGCUGCUCGACGCUCCCGUGCAGCUCUCUCAGAUGUCUGCAGACUCGGACUCUGCUGUUAAUGACGUGCAGGGCAUUUGGAUGGUGAAGAGAAACCAGGGAACGACUGUGGAUGCGAAGAAGUUAGAAAAAGCAGAGGCCAAGCUGAAAGCUAAGCACGAGCGGAGGAAUGAGAAAGACUUGCAGAAACCCUCAAACCCACUGGUCCUGGAGGAGGCCUCAGCCAGCCAGGCUAGCAGUAAGAAGGAGAACCGUGUGGACAUGUCCGGGAAGAACCGCAGCUACGACAUCCGGAUAGAAAACUUCGACGUGUCGUUUGGAGAGAGGUCUCUGCUGCAGGGAGCAGAGCUGUGUCUGGCGAGCGGUCGCAGGUACGGUCUGAUCGGGAGGAACGGCCUGGGUAAGACCACGCUGCUGAAGAUGCUGGCGAGUCGCAGCCUGCGCGUUCCGGCCCACAUCUCCAUCCUGCACGUGGAGCAGGAGGUGGCAGGAGACGACACGGCGGCGCUGCAGAGCGUGCUGGAGAGCGACACGGUCCGAGAGGAGCUGCUCGCCGAGGAACGCUCGCUCAACGCACACAUCGCCAACGGAACAGCCGAGGGGACCGAAAGCGUGCGUCUGUCGGAAAUUUACGCCAAACUGGAAGAAAUCGAGGCGGACAAAGCGCCAGCCAGAGCUUCAGUCAUCCUCGCAGGUUUAGGAUUUUCCCCCAAAAUGCAACAGCAGCCGACCAAAGAGUUUUCUGGUGGUUGGAGAAUGAGAUUAGCGUUAGCGCGAGCUCUGUUUGCAAGGCCUGACCUUUUGUUACUUGACGAGCCCACGAACAUGUUGGACGUCCGAGCCAUUCUGUGGUUAGAGAAUUAUUUACAGACGUGGCAGUCCACCAUCCUCGUGGUGUCUCACGAUCGGAACUUCCUGAACGCCGUUGCAACCGACAUCAUCCACCUGCACUCACAGCGUCUGGACAGUUACCGUGGCGAUUACGAGAACUUCAUCAAAACGAAAGAGGACCGACUGAAGAACCAGCAACGGGAGUACGAGGCUCAGUUACAGUACAGAGAACAUAUACAGGUGUUCAUCGACAGGUUCAGGUACAACGCCAACAGAGCUGCACAGGUGCAGAGCAAACUGAAGCUUUUAGAGAAACUCCCUGAACUUAAGCCUUUAGAAAAGGAGACUGAAGUCAUGUUACGGUUCCCAGAUAAUUUCGAGAAGCUUUCUCCUCCCAUCCUGCAGUUAGACGAGGUGGAGUUUUACUACACGCCCGAGCAGCGGCUGUUCAGCGGCCUCUGCGUCUCCGCCGAUCUCGACUCCCGGAUCUGCAUCGUAGGUGAGAACGGAGCGGGUAAGUCCACGCUACUGAAGCUGCUGAUGGGCGACCUCACACCCGUGAGCGGCACCAGACACGCCCACAGAAACUUGAAGAUUGGUUAUUUCAGUCAGCACCACGUAGACCAGCUGGACCUCAACGUCUGCUCAGUGGAGCUGCUUCUCAGCAAGUUUCCCGGUCAGACCGAGGAGGACUACAGGCGUCAGCUGGGGCGGUACGGGAUCAGCGGAGAGUUGGCGACGCGGCCCGUGGCGAGUCUUUCAGGAGGACAGAAGAGCCGUGUAGCUUUCGCUCAGAUGACCAUGCCUUGUCCCAACUUCUACAUCCUCGAUGAGCCGACCAAUCACCUGGACAUGGAAACCAUCGAAGCCCUCGCCAAGUCAUUAAAUACGUUCAAGGGUGGUGUCGUGUUGGUCUCGCACGACGAGCGCCUCAUCCGGCUGGUAUGUAAGGAGCUUUGGGUGUGUGACGCGGGCCGAGUGCAGCGCAUCGACGGUGGCUUUGACGAGUACAAGAACAUCCUGCAGGAGCAGUUUCAGAAAGAAGGCUACCUGUGAAGCACCUCACCUCAUACAUACAUACAUACAUACAUACAUAUAUACAUACACACACACACACACCGUUUAAAUCGACUGCAUCGCCGUGACCCCCAACACACUCGUUGACUCUGUGUACAAAUUGAAACUCCAGCAUACAGUGAACCCUGACCCGGCUUCCUGGAAGCAGAACCAGAACUGACACUGAAUCGCGUCCCAGUCAGCCCAUUUGCCUGGCUUUCUGAAAUCAUGACCUCGCUGCUUGCUGCUGUAGCUCACGCUGCGUCCUUUUACUGGUCAUGUGACAGGAGGGCAGGCUGAGGAUGUGCCUGCUGGGGUUCUCUGCACGGGUUCAUCUUAUUUCUGCACACGAGCAAAAAAAAAAAAAGAAAAAAAAAAAACGAAGCCUGAUGCAAUAAAUGUCCGUGUGCCGGUUAUGUUUCGACGCAGCUGUCCUUAACUUAUCAACAUCAGUUUUUCCAACAUGCUAAUAAAAACCUACCAUUCAGUCAGUUUUAACCUGCCGCUGUCUGAAAUUAUUUCACAAUUUCUGUUUUCAAUGGUUAUUAUUUCCGUUUUAUAGUUGUUCGCGUCACACAGUAACUCCUAUACAUUAUUUCUGUUCAGUUCAGUGUUAUUUAUAUAGCGCUUUUAACAAUGGGCAUUGACCCAACGCAGCUUUACAGAAAUAUAUUAAAUUCAGGAUAUAGAUUUUAAAUGUAUGAAUUUAUCCUUAAUGAGCGAGCCAGAGGCGACUGUGGCGUGGAAAAACUCCCUGAGACGAUAUGAGGAAGAAACCUUGAGAGGAACCAGACUCAGACGGGAAGCUGUCCUCAUCUGUGUGAUAGUGCGAAUGUAAAUAAAUCCCUUCUAUAAAUGUACUAAUACUACAUGGUGAAAUAGUGCAGUCGUGUACGCAGGGAAAUUCAGUACAGUUUUUACAUGAAGUCUGUUUUGUUGAACUUCUCCACUGGUCACUGAUGGAGACUUGAGUGCAAAACUGUUUGUGGUAAUUGCAGUGCUGAGGCUAUAAUCGCAAUUGUAGUCCUGGCCAUCAGAGCAUAGCAUAACUGUUCAUAUGAAUCGAGGUCCAAAGCUAUCUUUAUGGAUUUUAAGUGGCACCAUUCUCAGCAAUCUCCGUGAUCUUUAGGCUGCACCGUGUGGGGCCAUCCUCAGCAGCAGCAUGUGACUUCC